AAAACACGUGACAUCACUCUAGAAGGAACAUAAAAUGCUGGAUAACGUUGUCUUUACCAUUUUCCACUCUUGAGUUCACUCAAUGGCUUCUUCUUUUCCACUUUAUCAAACAAGUUUCUUCUCAAAAACCCAGUUCAAAGGUUUGCGCCAUGGUUAUUUGUGGCGACCCACUUACUCUUUUGGUUCUUGUGCUGAAAACAAAGUACAACCUGUUAAAGCUUCUGUCGAAACUGCCCCAUUUCCCUUGUUUCAGCCUCCUAAAGAUGAAGAAACAGCUUCUCAGUUGGAGCCUGUAGAUCCUGAUUUCUACAAGAUAGGAUUCGUCAGAAGUAUGCGAGCUUAUGGAGUUGAUUUUAUGGAAGGGCCAAAUGGUUUCGGUGUAUAUGCUUCUAAAGAUGUCGAACCUCUUCGCCGACCAAGGGUUAUAAUGGAAAUUCCUCUUGAAUUGAUGCUAACCAUAAGCAAGAAACUACCAUGGAUGUUUUUCCCUGAUAUAAUUCCCCUUGGUCAUCCAAUAUUUGAUAUUAUCAACUCAACAAAUCCAGAGACAGAUUGGGAUUUACGAUUAGCAUGCCUUCUCUUGUUUUCAUUUGACUGCAAAGACAACUUUUGGCAGUAUUACGGUGACUUCUUACCCAGUGAAGAUGAAAGUACUAGCUUACUUCUAGCUACAGAGGAGGAACUUUUGGAGCUGCAGGAUCCCGAUCUUGCUUCUACAAUGAGAGUUCAGCAACAACGAGUGUUAGAAUUCUGGGAGAAGAACUGGCAUAGUGGUGUGCCGCUCAAAGUAAAACGUCUUGCUCGUGAUCCUCAAAGAUUCAUGUGGGCAGUAGGAAUUGCACAGUCACGCUGUAUCAACAUGCAAAUGAGAAUGUGUGCACUAACUCAACAAGCGAAUAUGCUGAUUCCUUAUGCUGAUAUGCUGAACCAUUCGUUUGAGCCAAAUUGUUUUUUCCAUUGGCGUUUUAAGGACAGGAUGCUUGAGGUUCUUAUAAAUGCUGGACAACGGAUAAGAAAGGGAGAUGAGAUGACAGUUGAUUACAUGAGUGCACAGAAGAACGGCAUGUUAAUGCAACGAUACGGAUUUUCAUCGCCAGUGAAUCCUUGGGAUGUGAUCAAAUUCUCAGGCAAUGCACAAAUUCAUUUGGAUUCCUUUUUGUCAGUCUUCAACAUAUCUGGCCUUCCUGAAGAGUAUUAUCGUAACGAAGUUCUAUCGAGCACUGGAGAUACUUUUGUCGAUGGAGCAGUCAUAGCUGCAGCACGAACAUUGCCAACAUGGUCAGAUGGAGAUGUGCCUCCAAUUCCAAGUGAGGAAAGGAAAGCUGCGAAGGCAUUACAACAAGAGUGCAAACAAAUGCUUGCAGAAUUUGCUACCACCUCUAAGCAAGACCAGAAACUGUUAGAUUCAUCACCCGAAGCUACGAGAACUCUUGAAGCUACAAUAAAGUAUAGAUUGCACAGAAAAUUGUUAAUGGAAAAAGUUAUCCUUGCAUUGGAGAUCUAUCAAGAGCAAAUAUUAUUCUGAUUUCCAAUCUACUAACUGUACAAUAGCCACAAAAGUUUUGUAACAAUUGUUGUCUACUUUUAAUCAUGUAUUACUGGUUUAGUCAAUGGUUUCAGAUUGUAUUAUGUUAUAUUCA